AUGGAAGAGGAAAAUUUGCCUAAGAGGGAAGAGAAGAUAUGGAAGGUUGUAACAAGGGCUGCCUUUUUGGAAGAGCUAAAGAAGUUGAGUUUCUUGGCAGCACCUAUGGUGGCUGUCACUGUUUCACAGUACCUUAUGCAAGUUGUAUCUAUGAUAAUGGUGGGACAUCUUGGACAACUCUCAAUCUCAAGUCUCUCCAUCGCCACCUCUUUCACCAACGUCACUGGCUUCAGUCCACUGUUUGGAUUGGCCUGUGCAUUGGAGACUCUCUGUGGACAAGCUUACGGAGCAAAGCAAUAUCAUAAGCUUGGAACCUACACUUACUCAUCCAUAAUUAUUCUCAUUCCAAUUUGUUUCCCAAUAUCUGUUAUUUGGAUAUUCAUGGACAAAAUAUUAGUACUGUUAGGCCAAGACCCUCAAGUUUCAGCUGAGGCCUGCAAAUACUCCAUUUGUCUCAUACCUGCACUACUCGGAUUUGCCGUUCUUCGUUCACUAAUUCACUACCUCCAGUCUCAGAGUUUGAUUCUCCCAAUGUUCUUGAGCUCAUGUGCAACUCUGUGUGCCCAUAUCCUCCUUUGUUGGACUCUAGUAUAUAAGGUGGACUUGGGAAAUAGAGGAGCAGCGUUAUCCCUGUGUCUAUCUUAUUGGUUGAAUGUGAUCGUCCUUGGACUUUACAUUAGAUACUCUUCAUCAUGUGAGAAAACCUGCACUUUCAUCUUGAGUGACAUUUUCUCAAGCAUUAAGGAGUUUCUUCGUUUCGCACUUCCUUCUGUUGUAAUGAUAUGUCUUGAAUGGUGGUCAUUUGAGAUUGUCAUCUUGCUCUCCGGACUUUUACCAAAUUCAAAACUUGAAACUUCGGUGCUUUCUAUAUGCCUUAUUACUACAUCCUUACACUACGUUAUACCAUGUGGAUUUGGUGCUGCUGCAAGCACUCGGGUUUCAAAUGAACUAGGAGCUGGGAAUCCAGGGGCAGCUCGAUUGGCUGUCUAUGUUGUAAUGAUUCUUGCCGUCAGUGAGGCAGUCAUAGUGAGCAUAACUCUCUUCUUCUGCCGCUAUGUUUUGGGAUAUGCAUACACCAAUGACAAGGAAGUUGUUGAUUAUGUCAUAGAAUUAGCUCCCCUGCUUUGUCUCUCUGUUAUCAUGGAUAGCAUGCAAGCUGUACUCUCUGAGGUAGCUAGAGGAAGUGGGUGGCAGCGCAUAGGAGCUUAUGUCAAUCUUGGGGCUUAUUAUCUUGUUGGAAUUCCGGUAGCUGCUGUGUUGUGUUUCGCUCUGCAUCUUAGAGGGAAAGGCCUUUGGAUUGGAAUAGUGACAGGCUCAGCUGUUCAAGCGAUGUUGCUUGCCCUCGUAACAUCUUUCACAAAUUGGCAAAAACAGGUUCCAAUUCCAUUGCAACCUUUUGUUCCUGAAGUGUUUGCUUCUUUCAAUCCUUCAUGUCCCAUUUUCUUGCUUGCAAUGUGGGACUGCUUUUGCAAGAAAAUAAAAUUCUAUCAUGUUAUCUUACCAUAUCCUGGAAAUCAAAUAGAGUUUCAUUCGAUACUUUUGACAAAAGAAACAAUGUUGGCUGAUUUUAAUUUCCAUGUGGACAUUCCUCAGGCAAUCAUGGCAAGGGAGAGAAUAUUUGAGGGAACAUUUUCAGCUGAACACCAACCGGAUAGAGGCAGAAGCACUUCUCCUGAUAUCAGAAUCUUUGAAGGAUAG